CGUCCUCCGGCCGCCGGGCCCGCGGGGCGCAGCCGCCAUGAGCGGGCCGCGGGCCGCGGCGGGGCUGCUGGCGGCGCGGCCGGGCUGGGCGUGGGGGCCGGCGGCGGCGGCGCUGCUGCCGCUGGGCGCCCUGCUGGGGGCCGCCCUGCUGCGGGGCGCCUGGCGCUGGGGGGCCGGGCGGGGCUGGGGGCGCCGGCGGCGGCGGCUGCAGCGGGUGGGGACGGUGUUGAAGCUCUUCGUGUACCCGGUGAAGUCGUGCCGGGGGGUGGCGGUGGGGCGAGCGCAGGUGACGCCGAUGGGGCUGCGGACUGGGGAGCUGCGGGACAGGUUUUGGCUUGUGGUCAAGGAGGAUGGGCACAUGGUUACAGCUCGCCAGGAGCCGCGGCUGGUCCUCGUUUCUGUCGACUCUGAAAAUGGGCACUUGAUCUUGGAAGCCCCGGAGAUGAAGAAGCUGGCCUUGCCUGUAAAGCUCCCCAGGAAAAAUCCUGUGAGGAACUGCAGGAUAUUUGGACUGGAUAUCCAAGGCAGGGACUGUGGAGAUGAAGUGGCUCAAUGGAUCACCACUUUCCUGAAAUCAGAACCGUAUCGACUGGUGCACUUUGAGCCCUCCAUGGUGCCAAGAAAGUCAAAGGACAUCAUAAACCUUUUCCGAAGCACUGAUGAGGUUGCCUAUCCUGACUGUAGCCCAGCCCUGAUCAUCUCAGAAGCUUCACUGGAAGAUCUAAAUUCUAGGUUGGAGAAGAAAGUUAAGAUAGAGAACUUCAGACCAAACAUUCUUGUGACAGAUUGCAGUCCUUUUGAGGAGGACACCUGGGAGGACAUUCUAAUUGGCGAUGUGGAGAUGAAAGGGACAGUGUGCUGUGCCAGGUGUAUUUUAACAACUGUUAACCCAGACACUGGCGUCCUGGACAGGAAGGAGCCCCUGGAAACAUUGAAAAGCUACCGCUUGUGUGACCCCUCUGAGCGGCACAUAUACAAAUCCAGCCCUCUCUUUGGAAGAUACUUCGCUGUUGACAAAACUGGAACGAUUCGAGUUGGAGACCCUGUGUACAAGAUGGUCCAAUAAUGAGAGAGACUCUGAUCAGAAGAUGCCUUUUCACUUUGAUAUGCAAAUUAUUUUCCCAUUAACACCGUCACGAGCAGAACUUUUUCUUACUCCUUGCAACGUUUUUUCUGUUAUGUUCCUUUGUAAGGUGCCAGGGGGUGUUUGAGGCUAUGAAGUGCCAGUUGUUUCAGAUCGUGUCAUCUACUGGCAUGCCUGUAGCAACCACGUGUUUAGUUUUUCUGGAGGCUGUGAUAGAAGAAACUCUGAUCAAAGACAGACUUCACAGCACUACUGUGAGUACUGCAUCUCCUAAAAUCUUAUGUCAAACUCAGUAUCGGAAUGCAAAAUUUUGUACCAGGGCCUUGCAUUGUGUAUUAAAUACAUUCAGUGCCUAUGAAGAACCACAAAAACAGUCAUGCCAAGUGUAAAGUAAGUGUGUUGAUCACAGAGCUGCCUUUACAGGAGAACAGGGAGUGCAGGUGGCAAGGCUCUUUCUUAGAUUCCGUGCUUCUUUAGUCCUAAGCAUCUUACCGUCUCUGUAUCAGGAGGUACUUCUUGCAAUCCUGCAGUCACGUCCUGAAGAUUGCUCCUCUUUUGAGACUGGAGAAGUACCAGAAGGAGAAGGGUUUAUGAGCUGACUAAAUGCUAUUCCAAUCUAGAGGUGGGAACGCUGGCUAACCCUCUGUAAAACUGAGGGGUUCAUUUAGUUGAUGACCUCUGCUUGACAGAAUGUGAAUGAUUUUUUUACUGCUGUGAAGCAUACUGUAACAGCUAGGCUUUAGAGUAGUGGUGUGUUUGCUAAUGUAUCAGAACUUCCAGUUUGAUUAGACGAUUUAGGUGUUCACUGGAUCGGAGACUUUAUGCAUGUUGGAGGGGAAGAAAAGCUGUUGGGAGUGAUCUAAUUCCAAGCCUGCCCUAUUGAAGCUGGUGUUCAAACAAUUGCUACACGGCUCUCUGUUCAUGUGUAGUUCCUCCCUGGCUCAGCGAGUCUUGUGCUAUAGAGAGUUAGGCUGCUAAGCAGAUGUUUUGAAAGCUUCAGUUUUACACUGAGCGUGUUGAUAUCUUUCGUGGUUACUGAUUUAGAUCUCUGGUUGCCCUCCACCCCUACUCUAAACAAAGUGGCAGCCAUAUGUGUGAAGCUGAUAACUGUAUUUUCUGCAUAAACUUCUAUGGCGUAAAACAGGUAUGGGAGGAAACUAGCUGUGUGAUAGCAGGAGUGUAUUUUCUUUAAAUAUUACAUGAUAGUUUUAAAUUUAAAAAUGAAUGUGGACUCCCAAGACAAAAGCCAGCCUUAUUUCAAAUGCUUGACUGCCUAUUGCGUUGUCAUAGAUUGGUAGAUGUAGAGUGUUGAAUUAGUUAAAAAGAGAAAUAUAAUUAAGUAUGAAGAAGGAUAAAUCAUGGCUUAAUUUGGUGUUUAGCUUCUUUGUUUUCUGUUGUGAAUAUGAAGCUGGAAUUUUGUUGCAUGUUCACAACUCGGACCCAUAAGGUGAAGAGCUGUUGUGCCUUUGAGCCAAUUGACAUAUGUAUGUGGCAAGUCUGAAGAAGGCAUAUAAGGAAUUAUUUGUGAACUUGAGAGUUGCUUCAAAAAUAUGUGCAGAGCACACUGCUUAACAAAAGGAUAAAGUUCUCCUGUGACAGACAAAUGCCCAGCUAGGACUGCAUGCUGCAUGUUUGUGCAUUGUUAUGCCUGAUGCAGCAACUAGUGGGAGGAAAUGAGAGAAAAAGCAUAUUUUUAAAAGGAAAAUAAUCUUGAGGUUCAUUUUUAAAAAGCAUAUGUUGAAGAUACUUACUAAUGGAAGCUGAAAGCUUGUGGAGUUCCUCUGGUAUUAUUAAGCAAAGGCAGCCUGCUGGCCUGCCAAAGCAAUUAGUUAAGUGUGUGUCUCUUCUUUAAUUCAGAAGGAAAGUGAGCUGAGUUUUUGCCUCUAGCCAAGCAUGUUUUUUCAGUGUUGUUUUGGCACCACAUUAGGAUUUAUGUAAUAUAAAUUAUGCGUUACAGAUAAUGUUUCUUCUUGUUAGGCUGUCAUCAGUUGGUGUCAUUUGGAAAUGUUUUUCCAGUGAGAAACUGCAUCUGUAUUCCAGUUAAGAAAAAGCCAUAGCUCUAAACCCCUGAUUUAUCCCUGUAAAAGCCCCUUAGAAGAAUUUGGUUAGAAUCCUAAAACAGUAUGCAUCUGAGUACAACACAUGUCACAAAUGACACUGAAACCAAUUAUGUGAUGAAAGAGAGCCAUUCUACCAAGUGGAAAGAGUAACUUAUGAACAUUAUAAUAUUAAUAUCUUCACAUACGUGUUGAACUGCUGUAACUAGGAAUUGUAGUUGAUUUUGCAAAAAUCAUUUAGGAAACAUGAAAACACGUUAAUCACAAAACACAUUAUUAAAUUGUGUACUUAAAAAUGUUAUUUUAAAAAAAAAAUUAAUGGAAGAAAAUAAACUACUAUUAAAUCCA